CCAUCACCUCCUCACUCCUCGAUACGACAGUCCCUCUUUGCAAACCCCCUCCAGAUUGCUGACUUUGCGCUCAUGCACGAAGACUAAGCUGUCCAACCCUGCUCGUCGAAUCAAAGCUGAUCGCCCUCUUUCAGCCGGAUGUCGCAGUCUCCCUCAUGAAAACCACGAGGACAGCCUUCUCGAAGACAGCCUUGCUGGGGCCGCAGUUGUUGACGACUGGACGUGAUGCCCCUGCCGGUUGGCGCUAAGAGAAAGCGACCGGAGCGUACAUACUCGGAUGAUCACCCGCAGUCUCGUCCUUCACCUCAUCGACCGGGAAAUCUCAGUCUUGCCCAGUCGACGCCGUAUCACACGUCAGGAAAUGAUCGUGAAUAUAGCCAACUGCGUGGAAGAGGUGGUCGGCGAUCAAGCAGAGGAGGUCGAGGCGGUAAUUCUGCGUCCAGCCCAGUCCACCCUCAAGGAGAUAGGCCUCCUACCGCGACGAAGGCACUGUUAGCGGAUCGCGAGUCCACCACAACAAACGGCACCAUGUCUACAGCUCAGCAAAACCCUCCCAACAUCUCUGUCUUAUCCAGUCCUCCACCGGAACCUCAGCCCUACAAUUACACCUACUUGACAAACGCAGUUUGUGAGAAAUGGCAGACUGGGGGCAGGGAAGAUGUCUUGCGGCAGGCCCUGCAAGGUAUGCAGGAAGAGGAGGGGACACAACUGAACGCAUUGAUGCAAGAACUUGUGCAGGCCGUUGUGUUUGGCAAGCUUGGUCCAUCAGAAGCAGGCGACCUGGUUAAACAAAUGCUGGAGAGCGAGAUUCCAGAUGAAGACCAUCGGCCGAUACCACAUCCCACAACCUUACAAGCCGCCCUCCUAGAUUCCAUAUCCAUCGUCUUCGAAAGCAAUCCCCUAAUACCGCUUGAUCGCCUCUCCGCAUUUGUCCUUUCGACCGGAAUACCUCACGAUUUACUACGACAUGAGCUGGACGCGCCUUUGCUUGAAAAAUUGGAUCUGAUCAGGAAUACCUUCAAUCGUAUGGGUAUCAGAAAGCAGACAAAUCUUCUCUACAGACAAGCGAAUUUCAACCUUAUGCGGGAAGAGUCUGAAGGCUUCGCGAAGUUGAUGACCGAGCUGUUCACUACCAGCAGUAGCGAGGCACCGACUGCAGAAAUUGUCGAGGACACUGUUGAAAAGGUUAAGGCUAUGAUCGGUGCAUUUGACUUGGACGUGGGCCGAAGUUUGGAUGUUGUUCUCGACGUCUUUAGUGCGGUUCUGGUCAAACAGUGUCGAUUCUUCGUCAAAUUCCUUCGCGCGAGUCCAUGGUGGCCUCGGUCGUCGACCUCAGUCAAGAAGACCCUAACUCUGACAGGGCUUCCGAAGUGGGCCUUUCCCGGCUCUCCUGAUUGGCACCUCACAGAGGAGCAAAAGCAGAUUGUCGCAGACGAGACUCGGGCCCGCGACGAGGCCUUUUGGCCCAUGGCUCGGGAGCGAGGCCUCGAAGCUUUCUAUCUCCUUGGAAGAUCACAAGUGCCACAAGAGAUCCUCGAACGAGCUUCAUCAUCAGGGGACGAUUUGCUCGCACAGUGGAUUCGAGAGACUGGCACCCUGCCGCCUUUGGGAAAUCGCGACGCAGCACAGCUUCUGGGAUUUAAACUCCGUUUCUAUUCAUCGUCGCCGGCACGGGAUGAAACAGAUGUCCUACCAGACAACCUCAUCUACCUUUCAGCUCUCCUCAUCAAAAUCGGAUUUGUCUCGCUUAAGGAUCUAUACCCACAUAUCUGGAGGACGGACGAUGCGAUGGACGAACUCAAAGACCAAAAGACACGAGAAAAACAAGAGCGAGAAAGGGCUGCCAGGCCUGGAGCAGGUGCCAGGAACGCGCUCACGGCAGCUGGAGCGCUAAUAGACGACACCUUACCUGCGCCACCCCGACUGAAAGAGUCAACCACAAGGGCCAACACCCCAUCUAAAGAACCAGAGGCUGAAAAGCUAGUUUCGAAGGAGAAUGAGCCUGCGGACCAGAAAGUCUUAUUACUCAAGAGCUUACUUGCCAUUGGCGCGCUUCCGGAAGCCCUCUUCAUUCUCGGCCGCUUCCCUUGGUUGAUGGCCCUAAUUCCCGAUCUUCCAGAAUAUGUCUAUCGUAUCCUACAUCACUCUUUGAGCAAAGUAUACGGGGAAGUACAACCUCUGCAGGACCGUCCAAGUCUUCGGAGCCUGGAACCGAGUUACGAAACCGAUGUACCCGGCGUCGCAAAAGGACAGGUCAAAGUCGUCGAAACAACCGAGAGAAAGGUCCUCCGAUGGGCCCAGCUAGACAAAAACGAUAGUCCCGACGGCACUGAUUAUCGAUUUUACUGGGAUGAAUGGAACGACAAUAUUCCAGUCUGUCAAAAUGUCGAAGAUGUCUUUACACUAUGCGAUACUCUACUGCCCCUCGUUGGUGUCAAGAUCGGACAAGAUCCGGGCCUUCUCCUCAAGAUUGCCCGAAUCGGAAAGCACAACCUACAGGUCGACAAAAGCGAGUCCAACCGAUCGCGAUGGUUGGAUCUGGUCAAACGUACCCUUCUGCCAUCGCUAAGCUUGACCAAAUCGAACGCCGGCGCGGUCAACGAAGUUUUUGAGCUCCUCAGCGUUUUCCCCGUGAAUGUCCGCUAUUUGAUGUAUCUCGAAUGGUCCACCGGAAGAACCUCUCGCAAUCCCGACGUCAAAUCAGCAUUCGAUCAGGCUAGGGCCGAGACAAAGGAUAUCCUCAAACGUAUAUCCAACACCAAUGUACGGCCAAUGGCGCGAGCGUUGGCCAAAAUCGCAUUUGCCAACCCACAUAUCGUGAUCACCACUGCGCUCACUCAAAUCGAAGUAUACGACAGCAUCGCAGAGGUCUUCGUCGAAGGCGCACGAUAUUUCACCGAUCUUGGGUAUGAUGUUCUAACUUGGGCCAUUGUAAGCUCAAUGGCAAGGACUGGAAGAAACCGUACUCAGGAGGGCGGCAUCUUCGCGAGUCGUUGGCUUUCAGCGCUCGCAGUGUUUGCCGGCAAGAUUUAUAAGCGAUACGGCAUGAUGAAGCCUGGCCCAAUUCUCCAAUAUGUUGCCGGUCAACUUGAGCAUGGCAACACAAUGGACCUCAAGAUGCUAGAACAGAUUGUACUUUCCAUGGCUGGAAUUGCAACCGACACGAGUUACAAUGAUGCACAGUUACAAGCAAUGGGGGGAGGGCCACUCUUACAGUCCCAAACUAUCCUUCAGUUACUUGAUCGACGGCAUGACUCGAAGAAGACCUCUGAGAGACUGAUGAAGUCGCUUCAAGACACAGGUCUGGCCGCGAAGUUUUUGAUAUCCAUGGCGCAGCAGCGACAAGCUUGUGUCUUUGAAGAAGGGCAGGUGCCUCUUAAAGCAAUUGGCAACACAUACGACGAGGUCCAUCGAGUGAUGGUGCAGUAUCUUGACCUGCUGAGAACAAACCUCACACCAGAAGAGUUUCGGGCCACAAUUCCUGAUGUAGUGAGUCUGCUCAUUGACUAUGAGAUUCGCCCUGAAAUCGCAUUCUGGAUCAGCCGGCCGCUCAUCGCCAGGCAAAUUCAAGAGUACGACAAAGAAAAUGCAAAAGAUCAGCGAGCGGAGGAAGUUAAGGAGGUCAAUGGAGACGUCGAAAUGUCAGACCAAAUAAAUGCCAGCUCAGAAGAGGAUGGCGAGGCUGUCGAGACAGAAAACCUGAUGAACGAUUCUCCUGCUGCAAGCGACACAAUGGGUCCGACGCUUGACCUCGACGCCAGCAAGACCCCUGGCCCAUUGGAUGCAGCAACAGAUGAUUGCUGGCAUCCCGUGAUGAAGGAUCUCAUGACUUCCAUCCAGCCACACCUCCCCGAGGAGAUUGUGGACAUCAUCGGAACUGGAUUCUACGCGACAUUCUGGCAAUUAUCAUUAUACGACAUCACCAUCCCUGGCAAAUCGUACGAAGACGAACUCUCCAGACAGCAUAAAAAGAUUGCUGCGAUUUCUGCAGACCGAACAGAUGUCAGUGUCUCUGGGGCAAAGAAGAAAGAGCUCGCGAAGAGGGAGAUACAGGAGCUCAUCGAUAAGCUGCUUGCGGAAAAUAAAGAACAUCUGAAAGCUUUUGCGGAGAGCAAAGCCCGGCUACAGCGCGAAAAAGAACAGUGGUUCCUCGGAAAGGCCAGGAUGGACAAGGCAUUGAACACCACCCUUAUUGAGCACUGCUUUCUCCCUAGGAUGCUGUCCUCCCCACUGGAUGCCUACUUCUGCUUCAAAUUUGUCAAAUUUCUCCAUGGGGCCGGAACGCCGAAUUUCAGAACGCUUGGCUUUUACGAUCUGUUCUUCAAGCCGUCCCGACUUAUCUCGCUCAUAUUCAUGUGCACCUCUAAAGAAGCCGAUAAUCUUGGGAAAUUUCUGAAUGAGGUGCUGAAGGAUCUUGCUCGAUGGCAUGGGUCUAAAGCAACCUACGAACGUGAAGGCUGGGGAAUUAAGAAAAACCUACCCGGGUUUGCCAUGAAGGUUGAAGCCGGGAAAGUCGUUGCCCUACUGGAUUUCGAAAGUUUCCAAAGAGUGCUUUACAAAUGGCAUGGCAAUCUGCACACGGCGCUUCAGAGGUGUUUGACGUCCCCAGAAUACAUGCACGUCCGAAACGCGAUUUCUGUCCUACGUGCGAUCUCAGGGGUCUACCCGGCGGUCAAUUGGCACGGUACAGGAUUGCAGAAGGCAGUCGAUAAACUCCGCGAAUCCGAUAAAGAAGAUCUCAAAGUCUCGUCUCAGGCCCUUCUGGGCGCUUUGCACAGACGGGAGAAGCUGUGGGUGGGGCUAGAAACUUUCCGCAAAGGACCAGAAAAGAGCGGCGAGCCUGAGCGUGAUCAUUCUCAACCGAAGAUUUCUUCAUCCCAAGAAUCUCCGGCCGCAAGUGUGGUGACAACCAAGAAGGAGGGAGAUGCUGAAGUUAAAGACGCGGAAAUGACAGAUGCACCAUCGAAGCCAGAGGGCAAAGAUGUCCCCGAGAAGAAGGAUGGCGAAGAGGCGUCUAGCAAGUCUGCGAAACCGCCACCCACUAGCGGGACUCCUACACCGGCUCCUAGAACAAGUUCCAGACCAGGGAACGCUAAUGGCGCUUCGACACCAACUCGACAAGCCACCGAGCCUCUGGCAAGUGCAAAACGAGAGUCAAGGCUCCCUCGCACGGAAACGUCCAAACCGCAUGAACUUCCUCGACGACUUACCCCUCCGUCACGGCCUCCUGCCAACCUACCGAACCGUCCAGAGCCAGUGGAUUCUCGAAACGGUCAUCGCGACAGCCCGCGUUUGUCCAGUCGACUGGAAGUCGACGCUCCGAGAAUGCCACCUGACAUUCGAAGCAGUCGAGAUGGAAGGCUAGGCUAUCGAGGGCCAGACCGGCCAGACCGACCCGACCGACCGGAUCCAGGCUACGAUGACUAUGACCGGCAUUCCCGUAGAUAUGAACGCCCCGAUGGCACUGCCCAUGGCACGCGUGAGGAGCGUGGGUAUGGUCGAGACCACGACAGAAGAGCCCCAUAUGACCGACCUCCUGCGCAUGAGAGAGAUCGUCCACCCAUUCGCCCUCCUCCGGCGGAACGUGAGCGGGAAGUUCGUGAGCCAGCCCCAAGAUCAAGACCCCCUCCAGCUCUAGAACCAUCCAGACCAGACUCGCAACCUCAGAAGAAAGAGAAUCUCACGGAGCCUCCCCAACCGGUCGUCAAUCCAGCGCGUGCUUCGUUCAUGGGGGAAAGUGGAAGUGACCGAAGAUCACUUCCGGGAUCGAGGGCUCAGGCGCAAGACAAACCAUCAAGGUCAUCACGGCCGAACUCUCCACGAAGAGAAGACGACCGACGGGCAUACCCCCGUCGCGAUGCGGAUGAUCGACCUAGGCCAGAAACUCCCUCCGCGCGACACUCACCUUAUACACCUUCGUCCUUGGAGUCAGGUGCAAUGCCUUCUCGUUCUAGUGCUCCAAGUUCGUACAAGAGAGAGACGCGAGACCUUAGACAAGCCCCGCCCGUUGACAUGCAGCACGGCAGGCUCGAGCAGGAGUUGCCGCAACAACCAGCGAUCUCGCAGACCCCGGAUCGUGGCCAAGAAUCUGACGUACCGUCUGGUCCUCGUAGUCAACCGCCGUCAGGGGGAGGAUCGAGGAUGAGAGCUCCUCCACUCAAUACACAAGUGCCGCCACCAGCGAAUGCUGAUCGACCAACUCCAACCGGACCUUCGAGACGACAUGGACGAACUGGUUCCUACGCCGAGCCUUCAUCUACACCAUCAACGCCUGCGGCUGAUGCAGCAGGUGUUCAUCCCUCUCGCCUGGGCCAGAUCGAUUCAGCAGCCUCGGAAACACCGCGCUCAAGCCAGGCCACACAACCUCCGCCGCAGACUCAGCCUCCGGCAGGUCCCAGAGGAAGUGCACCUCCUGGAGCUCCGUCUGGGCCGUCCCCGACAAGUAGAGGUCCGCCAUCCGGCCCACUGGCUGGGGACGGGAACAUGCGUGGGGGACGGAACAAUCGUAACCCACUUGCCGCUGUCAACAAUACCCUUGCUCAGGCCGGCACUUCGAUUCGUGGACGAGGUAGUAUGAGGCAGAGCGGUUCGAGCUUUGGUCCGCAUAUGCCCCCUCCACCGCCACCCCCGCCGCCGGGUGGUCCUCCUCCAACAAGCCACGGUCAAAGUCCCAACGGAUACCCACCGCGUGAUUUGUUUGCCUCCUCAAACCCUAACGAAGUGCCGGUAGGCGCCAGACCACCUUCAUCACGACACGAUGGUAGCAGGGACCGCAGAAGCGAACUCACCGAAGAGCGAGGUUCCGAGAGGAGGCCAUCUCGGCAUUCAAGUCGGCAUGACGAAUCACGUGGAGAUAGAGAACAUCGGAGCGAGCGCAAUGGCCGUGACGGAAAAGAAGAUCGAUACGGGCCGAGUGAUGCUUUGAGGCGGGAUGAUAGAGCGAGCAGGAGAGACAAUCACCCGAGCGAAGCCGACGAUCGGAGAACAGGGUAUUCAAGAUCUGCUCCUUCGAGAGACGAUACCCCGUCGUCGAGGAAACAUGGUCGAGGGGACGAACCGAGCAACUAUGGACCCCCUAGUCAUGGAAGUGGUGGAAGCAGAGGAGGCUCAAGAGUUGCAAGUGAAAGUAAGCGGGUCCGACGUGGGCCUUGAAGAAUAUGAAAUGGUGUGGGCGACUGACUGAAAUUUCUAUGGUCAUGCCAAACGUCUGGAUGGCAAGCUGGGUGAAUGUGAAAGUAUUGAAUAUGAUGGACGCGAGCAGCCAACAGUCAACUUGUGCCUUUAUCAGGAGGCCAGCUUAGUUAUUUUCCCCAAUUCAAAAUGUGUUAGUACCGCU